AGGAUCUCCGUAGGCUUGCAAUCGUCCUACACGAAAUCUCUUCGGGAGCCAUUCCGGAUGCCCAAGAUCAUGAAGCCCAGCAUAUUUGGGCGCAUAAGAAGGAAAAGCAAAAAGCCCGCCGGACCCGACUACAAAGCUUUCGUGGAAAGGCCAUCGAAGAUCCAAUUAGAAAGUUUGAGUUACUUAAUCGACUCCGGGAAGCCACUGCUGUAUGCCUCGAAAAACCAAAAGGACGGAACGAACAAGAAGUGUUUAAGAAAGAGCCACCGGGAAGGUCAUCAGUAAAUGCGCUCGAAAUUCUCAUGGAAACGACCGAAAGUUCGAAGACGCCCGAGCAACACGAGCCACCAGAUUAA